GUCCACAUUCCUUCAGGUGCCUCGCUCGUCUGACAUUCCUGUCCCUUUGGGGACAAUUAAAGAGACCCAGGAAGUUCAGGCGCAGAGGGAGACGCGAGGCGCGCCGGUUCCCAGAAAGUGUCUGCACAUUUGUGAGGGAUUAUCUGUAUGGAAUAAGGAGAAGAAAUGGCAGAGAGGAGAAAAGUUUCUCAGAUCUGCUGGCUGCUCCUGGCGGUGCUUCAAAUCGCUGCACCAUCUUCAGCACAAGACGCCACGACCUCGUCGGCUAACUCUACCAACACCUCAGCUGCAAAGAAGAUCUCUGGCUAUCGGACUCUUCCGACUGAUGUCAAAGUGGCCGUGGGCGAGCCUGCAGAGUUCAGGUGUGGAGUCCCUGAAGCCUCCAAAAGCCUCACAUUUACCUUCUACAGCUGCCGUGGAAACUACACCCUCACCUGCCCCAACGGCCAGGUGGAGGACAUUCCCCAGGCUCUGUACGGGCGUUGUGAAGUGAAGGGUGGUGAACUGGUGGCAAUCUGGACCCUCAAAGGGACGUCCUUCUCUGACAACGACACGCUGGUCGUUUGUCAUCAGUCAGACGAUCCAGAAGACUGCUCUGCUGUCCUGCAUGUCUAUGAUAGCGGUGUCAGCUAUGCCACCCUCGUUGGAUGUGUGAUCGGAGGAUUCUUCGGGGUCAUUUUGGUUUGCGGCCUCGUUUUUCUCCUGAUGCCAAAAUCCAUGACGAUUCAGAACUGCCUUGGUGAAGACGAAGUCAACGAUGACCUGGACUCAAUCGUGAAAGAGUGAACCAAGAGAAAGGAUUGAAAUAAAGUUUCUCUGCCGAUUUUUAUUCUGAUUCCAGCAGAGUCAUGUUAUACAGAUGAUCUUGGCUUUUCUCUACCUGCUGCACAUCUUUCAGUCGAUGGGUGAUGGCCAAUAUUGCUCAAAUGUUUAAUAAAAGUAAUAUAUAAUAA